GAUACACGUGCACACAAUCCGUUAUUUUAUAAAUUCUCAACUAAGGGUAAUCAAGCUAUAUCUUCAUGUUACUCUCUUCAGUUGUACAAUCAGAGCCCUAUGCGAGGGAUAGUUCGAUACAUUUCGGUUGAAGGGCGCUUAUAUUCACGAGUAGCGCAAGAGAGAGUAAGCACGAGGGCGCAGACGCGCAUCUUAUGGAUUUUACCCCCCUCGUGUCACGUAUAACGGGUAAGGGUCCUGGUAGCGACCUGAUGGAAGUCGAAGUGGAGUAGAGGGAGGACCUCGUUUGCGAAAGAGAGAAGGGGCGAUAGGCGAACCAAGCGCGGAGGGAGGCGAAGAAGGAGAAGGAGGAAGAGGAAGAGGAGGACGAGGGGACCACCACCAAAACGGCAGAAGCGACGGGUUGGGCCGGCCGUCUACAACAACGCGUGACCUGCACGAUAUCGCGGGGAUGAACAAGUCCGCGCAUCCCCUUGCAUACGACUUGGCCGAAGGGCUUUGACAUGUGACCGAAGACGAGUGUAUCACCUGGGUGCAUCCGUCCGUAGGGCUGCGAAUUCCUGCUAGGGCUUCGCGGUCAGCCACGUGGCGAUUUGAUGGAUGAGACGAUUCUCUAUGCGUGGCCAAAUGCGGAUCUGCCGUUGCCGAAUGUCGUGAAGCAAAGUGGCGCAUGGCUAGAUAAAGGUCUCGUUCAGCUAGGGAAACCGGGCGGCAUGGGUCUGCCGCGUUUCUCCCUAAAGAGAUACUUUUUGUACGUGCUAUGUCUAACGGGUACGCUGCUUGUCCUACUCAAUUUACUGCAGGACGAGAUAUGGCACAGCAUACGAUCACAUCCUCCUGGUCAGCCGCAGCAGUCCGUUCGAACUGCCAGCGACUUGUCGAAGAUGAAACCCGAUUGGCCUUUGAAAUCGAAGAAGCCGACGAUGCGAGUAUUACGCACUCGGGAGCGAGUGAAGAAAAGACUUCCGUCCGAGGUAUCGAAUAUAAAUGGAAGUAUCAGUUUGGGCGAAAACUCAAUAGACUCGGAUCCAACACGAAGACCUUGGUACAUGAAAGGAGGAACCAGAAGACCUUUUCCGGCGAGGAAAGCUCGCAAUACUGGCCGAAGAUUGGCUCAAUUAUGGCCAGAGGAAAAUGCGUACGAUGAUCGUGUGACGAAUCAGUUAAUGUUUGUGCCGCCUGAUUACAACAGAACAAACGGCGAUCAUCCGCUGAAGAAGAUAAUGAUUCCUCAUGGAAUGGCCGAAGCCAAAGUCGGUCCUGACAUUUUCUUCCAGCAACGCUGCCCAGUGAAUACCUGCACGAUCGUCCGUGACAAUCCGGACAGUGCCGAUCUCAUUCUAUUUAAGGAUUACGUCACGCACGUGGGACGAAGAUCUAACAGCCAGGUAUGGAUGCUGUAUUUUUUAGAGUGUCCUUAUCACACGCAAAGUGUCAAGAAUGCCCUUAUCAAUUGGACCGCCACAUAUCGGCGUGAUAGCGAUGUAGUAGCACCUUACGAAAGGUGGCAAUAUUAUGAUUCCAGUAUUACACAGAUUCCACAGACGUUUAAUUAUGCGGCAAACAAAACGAAAAAGGUCGCCUGGUUCGUUUCCAACUGCCAUCCUCGAAAUCAGCGCAUGAAUUAUGCCAGGGAACUCUCGAAAUACAUCCAGGUAGACAUUUAUGGAGCAUGCGGCAGUCUACGCUGUCCGCGAUCACAGUCGCAAACCUGCUUCGACAUGCUUGACGAGGACUACAAAUUCUAUCUCGCGUUCGAGAACUCCAACUGCAAGGACUAUAUCACGGAAAAAUUCUUCGUCAACGGGCUCGGGCACAACGUGUUGCCCAUCGUGAUGGGCGCCCAUCCGACAGAUUACGCCCGCAGCGCGCCGUAUCGUUCUUAUAUCCACGUGGACGAGUUCGAGUCGCCGAAGGAGCUCGCCGAGUACCUGCAUCGAUUGGACCGCGACGACGAUCUGUACAACUCGUACUUUCGCUGGAAGGGCACCGGCGAGUUCAUCAACACGUACUUCUGGUGUCGAGUGUGCGCCAUGUUGCACGAUGAUCGUCUGCCCAAGUAUUAUAAGGACGUGAACGAGUGGUGGCGAGGCGAGGGUGUUUGCACGACUAAUUCGUGGCGCGAGCACGAGUUCACGCGUUCGCAGAGUCAGCGAAACACCUGAAGAGGAGUCCGAGGAUACGAUUAAGAGGCUCUUCCGGCGGCUAUGGGGAGUUCCGUGCGUGUGUCCGCCCGACACGUUGCUCAAUAUUCUAUAAACGAUUCCGAUUCUUCCAAAAUAGAACGAUGCCGAGAAAGUUGAGUGAUAUCCAAGAACGCGUCUAAUGAGUGGGUUCUAAGAGCGAAUUUGGUCCCGACGACGACAACGACGACAAAUGUUGGACAGAGUUACACAGUUCUAAGACGAGAUCUCGGCGAUGCGUGACCUCGCGCAUUCUCGUUCCUCGCGAGUACUCUAGUCACCCUGCGAAGAAGAAGGUAUUAAUAAGAUUCUUCGUCGGCGAGAUAUUACGCAAUCUUUUUCCACUCGGCUGUUUUUCGGAGCGUUUGAGAGGCAUAGGAUUCGGCGACGCGAAACGAAAUGCAAAGUGAGUUUUCGGUCUUAUCGAGAGUGACAAAGAAGAGAAAUUCUUUUCGCAAAUGAAUCAUUGUGGGUAGACUUUCUUUCUCAUAGAGGGCAAUUUACGUGCCUAAUUGUCAAAUCUUCCAAAAUAAUGUUUCUAUACCGUUUUUUUUGUUUUUCGAACAAUCUGAAGCGAAAAUCACGAGAGAUAAUUGAAGAUGGCCAUGAUAGGCUACCGCUUUAUAUAUCAUGACGACAUUUGUAUAAGGAUAAAAAUUUGUGAUGCUCGUAAAAAUUUGAGGAACCUAUUAAAAAAUAACGAAGAAUUAUGUGGCACAUAUAAGAAUAAAGCGCGAUAUUUGUUCUCUAGAGAGACUCGAUUCUCGCCACGCAUUUAAUAUUGAAUGCUGUCUGAUAAAUAACGCAAUUUCUUAUAGAAUUAGAAUCACGUUUGCUAUUAAAUAUACGAUGAAGAUAUAUAAAUUAAUAUAUAUAGAAUUACAUAAAGUCAUUGCAAAUAAUCUCCCAACUAUAUCUACUAGAGGACCAAGUAACAAGGAACAGAGUGGUUAUUUAAAUCAUCAGACAGCGAUAACUUCGGUGUUAAUUACUAAAAAAAAGAAAAACUCUAGAAAACUCUAAUACAAAUGAGGCCUCGCGUAUACAAAAAAUUUAAUUUUGAUUGGAUUUUAUUUCGA